AUGUCCUCUCAUGUCCUGACGCCCGAGGAGGAGGCUGCUGGCGUGAAGCUGGCCGACCCUGCCUGCGGCUACAAGUACGUUGAGGAGGCGGACGGCGAUCACCCGCUUGCGUGCGCCGGCCUCGUCCACCCGUUCGACUUUGUGCUGCCGGCCGUGUACGAGCUGCGGGAGAAGCUGGCGCCAAAGCCGCACGACGUCUUCAUCGCCACUUAUCCAAAGUGCGGGACGACCUGGAUGCAGCAGAUCGUCAUGCUCCUCCUGCGAGGCGGCUCCGCCGACGUGAACCCGAUGGCGGACGCGCCUUGGCUCGAGAUGUCUGUGAGCCGCGCCGCCAAGGGCUCUGCGGCGAUGAAAAGCCUGUCGAGCACGCCUCCGCGCGACUGCGCGGCGCUCUGUGCGCUCUCCGCGCCCGAGGGCGACAGCGGGCGGCGCGCGUGGAAGACCCACGCCACCGCAGAGGCUGCGCCGUGGCGGGGCGGGCCGGCGGCGGCAGCGGCGGCGGGCAGCAAGGUGGUCGUCGUCUGCCGCAACCCCAAGGACGCGGCGGUGUCGAUGCUGCACCACACGAAGAACAUCCCCGGCUUUGGCUUCUCCGGCGGCUGGGACGACUUUGUCGCGCUCUUUCUGAGGGGCAAGGUGGAGUCGUCGAGCAUCUGGCCGUGGCAUCGCGGCUGGUGGGAGGCUGCGGCCGCGCACCCGUCGACGGUGCUCGUGGUGCACUUUGAGGACCUCAAGCGAGACCUGAAGGCCGCGGUCGGCCGCGUGGCCGCGCACCUCGGGCUCGAGCGGAGCGACGCGGAGCUCGAGGCGGUCGCCGCGAGGAGCAGCUUCGAGGUGAUGAAGGCGGAGGCGGCGGCGCGCGACGCGGAGACGCUGAAGAAGGGCGGCUCCAUCAAGAAGGACCACUUCCGAGAGGGCAAGACGGGCGGCUGGCGCGAGCUCAUGUCGCCAGAGCUGCAGCGCGAAUUCGACGAGAAGACGGCGGCGCUGGAGGCGGCGGCGGCGGCAGGCGGACACGCCUUUCGGGCGGUCUGA